CUUCUUCUUCCACCAUUGUUCGAAUUCGAAGCUCAAAACAAUAUAACAGAAUCGACGUUACAUACUCAUUUCUUCUCUCUUAGCAUUAGUUCACCUUCGCAUGGACGAUGGAUCCACAACUCAAACCCCAAACCCUAAACUCCACCAGUUUAUUCCUUGCCGCCACAACAGCAACCACUCAUUCCGAACAACCACCACAUUCACUCUCCCUCACCACCGUUCCUUCCACCGUACCACGCUCCAAGCUCAUCCCAAACACUCGCUUCCUCGUCGACGCCUUCCGCCACGCCGACACAGCAUUCUCCGUCUCCUACUUCCUCUCUCACUUCCACUCCGAUCACUACACCGGUCUCUCCAGUUCUUGGUCCCGCGGCAUUGUCUUCUGCUCCGCCACCACCGCCUCCCUCCUCCAACGAAUCCUCGGAGUUCACGAACGCUUCCUUGUACCCCUUCCCCUUUGCCAGCCCGUUGAAAUCGACGGCGCGGAGGUCACGUUGGUCGACGCGAACCACUGCCCUGGCGCGGUCCAGUUCCUAUUCAAGGUCCCAACAAAAGAAGAAGGGAAGAAAUUCGAGAGGUAUGUUCACACUGGCGAUUUCAGGUUUUGUAGUUCAAUGAUUCUGGAGCCUGCAAUUGUUGAUUUUGUUGGCUGUGAUGCUGUGUUCUUGGAUACUACUUAUUGCAACCCAAAGUUUGUGUUUCCUUCGCAAGAGGAGAGUGUUGAUUAUGUGGUUAGUGUAGUCAAGAGGGUUAUUAGUGAUUGUGGUGAUGGUAGUGGUGUUUUGUUUCUUGUUGCUACUUAUGUUAUUGGGAAGGAAAAGAUUUUGGUUGAACUUGCACGGAGAGUGAAGAGGAAGGUGCAUGUGGAUGCUAGGAAAAUGGAGGUCUUGAGGGUGCUUGGGUAUGGAGAGAGUGGUGUGUUUACCGAGGACAGUUCAGAGAGUAAUAUUCAUGUUGUUGGCUGGAAUGUAUUGGGGGAGACAUGGCCGUAUUUUAAGCCGAAUUUCGUAAGGAUGAAGGAGAUUAUGAUUGAGAGAGGGUACUCCAAGGUUGUGGGAUUUGUGCCAACCGGAUGGACUUAUGAAGUAAAGCGCAAUAGGUUCCCAGUGAGGUCCAAGGAUUCGUUUGAGAUUCAUCUCGUGCUGUAUAGCGAGCAUUCCAACUACGAGGAGCUCAGGGAGUAUGUGAAGUUUUUGAAGCCAAGGCGUGUUGUUCCGACAGUGGGUUUGGAUGUUGAGAAAAGCGACAGUAAGCAUGCUGACAAAAUGAGGAAGUAUUUUGCUUUAUUGGUUGAUGAGACGGCCAACAAGCAAGAAUUUCUAAAGGGAUUUCACCGUGCCACAGGCGACACAGAUUUCUUGGUUGAGAAGGAUGUUAAUGAUGGUCAGAAGCCAGGAAAAAACAUGGAGGAAGGAAUCAAGCCAUCUGAGUUGGAUGGUGAGGAAAGUACAAUUCCGGAUGUUGCUGCUAGUGUGCCCUCUUCUACCGGGGAACCGUGUACAAAAGGUGUUACCUUACUAACUGAUGAAGAAAAAAAGAAAAUGAUUGAAGAACUUGGUAAUUGUUUGCCGACAUGGGUCACUCGAAGCCAAAUGUUAGAGCUGAUCAGCAUCUCAGGGAGCAAUGUUGUUGAAGCUGCUUCUAAUUUUUAUGAACGUGAAACUGAAUUUCACAAGCAAGCGUUUUCUUGUCAAACUUCUUCUUUGGUGUCCAAGUGCAGCUCGCUAAAUGACAUAGAUUCUCCUUCAAAAGCUUGCCUGAAUCCAAGCAGCACUACCAAAAAUAUCGAUGUUUUUCCAAGCCAGGACUCUACUAAACUAACUAUCUUGAAGCAUACAGUUCUAAGUCAAGCUUCCUCUGCCAAAAGGAAUAAAAGUAGUGGAAGUAAGCCAAACAAGAAAGUAAAAGUCAAAGCAAAGUCACAGUCACAAUCAAGUGAUCCAAAGCAGUCCACCAUAACAAAAUUCUUCAGCAAAGUAUUGCCUGUGAAGCCUAGUGUUGCUCAGUCUGAUCGUUCUGAAUUGAUGAUUAGCGUAAGCCCUAAAGCCAAAAAUAUGUUGCCAGAUGAUGUUGGAAAUCAGUACAAGGAUGAGAUUGAUCAGUUUAUGCAAAUAAUAAAUGGGAAAGAGUCAUUAAAAGAUCAUGCCAUAACUAUAAUUGAGAAGGCAAAAGGAGAUGUAAAUAAGGCAUUGGAUAUAUAUUACUGUAAUUCUGGAAAUCUUGGUGAAAAGGAAAUUUCAGUUCAAGCAGAGUGUAAAAUUGAUAGCUCUUUAGAGAAGAAUUGUGUGUUACAUGAAUUGAAAGGUAUUCCUGACACCACUAUGAAGAGAAAUCAUGUAACUCUACCACUUGAGAAAUACAAUCCUAAAGAGCAUGCGUGUUGGAAAGAUGGGCAGCCUGCACCAUAUUUACAUCUUGCACGAACCUUCAGCCUCCUGGAGGAUGAGAAAGGAAAGAUUAAGGCUUCUUCAAUGAUAUGCAAUACGUUCCGAAGUUUGCUGGCCUUGUCUCCAGCAGAUGUGCUGCCUGCUGUGUACCUAUGUACAAACAAAAUUGCGGCAGACCAUGAAAAAAUGGAACUAAACAUUGGUGGAAGUAUAGUUACUGCAGCACUUGAAGAGGCAUGCGGAACAAAUCGAUCCAAAAUAAGGGAGAUGUAUAACAAAUUUGGCGAUCUUGGUGAUGUUGCUCAAGAGUGUCGUCAAACACAGAGAUUGCUUGCACCACCAACACCACUUCUGAUUAAGGAUGUUUUCUCUGCACUGCAAAAGAUAAGUUUACAAACAGGCCAUGGAAGCACAUCUCGGAAGAAAGGCAUUAUCAUUAGUCUCAUGCGUUCCUGUCGUGAGAAGGAGAUUAAAUUUCUUGUUCGGACCUUGGUCAGGAACUUAAGGAUUGGGGCAAUGCUUAGAACUGUUUUACCUGCCUUGGCUCAAGCUGUUGUUAUGAAUUCUUUCCCUACAGUACAACAAGAAGGAACUUCAGAGAAUUUGAAGGAGAAGCUUCAGGUCCUUUCUGUGGAAAUUGUUGAAGCAUAUAACAUAAUUCCGAAUUUGGAUCUCAUAGUUCCAUCUCUCAUGAACAAAGGAAUUGAUUUUUCGGUUUCAAGUUUGUCAAUGGUUCCUGGAAUUCCUAUUAAGCCUAUGCUUGCAACGAUCACCAAUGGCAUUCCCAAAGCAUUGAACCUAUUUCAAAAUAAGGCAUUUACUUGUGAAUAUAAGUAUGAUGGUCAGCGAGCUCAAAUUCACAGAUUAAUUGAUGGAUCAAUUCGUGUUUUUUCAAGAAAUGGAGAUGAAUCAACAUCAAGAUUUCCUGAUCUUAUUGACAUAAUUAAGGAAUUCUGCAAGCCUGUUGCAUCGACUUUCAUAAUUGAUGCUGAAGUUGUUGGUAUUGAUAGAAAAAAUGGAAUUAGGAUUAUGUCUUUCCAGGAGCUAUCUUCACGUGGUAAAGGAAGCAAAGAUACUCUAGUUACUACAGAGAGCAUAAAGGUGGAUAUUUGCAUAUUUGUCUUUGAUAUCAUGUUUGCAAAUGGAGAGCAGCUAUUGGGUUUUCCUCUUCGCACAAGACGGAAAUAUCUAAAGGAUUUGUUAUGUGAUGAAAAACCAGGGUAUUUUGAAUAUGCAAAGGAAAUAACAAUUGAAGCAGACAAGGCUUGCGAAACUUGUAAAACCACAUUAACCAAGAUAAACGCUUUCUUGGAAGAUGCUCUUCGUUCUUCCUGUGAAGGAAUUAUGGUGAAAACAUUGGAUGUAGAUGCUGGUUAUUCUCCGUCAAAGCGUUCUGAUAAAUGGUUAAAGGUCAAACGAGAUUAUGUCGAAGGUUUAAAUGAUUCUCUUGAUUUGGUGCCCAUUGGAGCUUGGCAUGGAAAUGGAAGGAAGGCCGGAUGGUAUAGUCCAUUUCUCAUGGCAUGUUAUAAUCCUGAAACUGAGGAAUAUCAAAGCGUGUGCCGUGUGAUGUCUGGGUUCUCAGAUUCGUUUUACAAAGAGAUGAAAGAAUUCUUCUCUGAGGACAACGUCUUAUCCAAAAAGCCGCUGUAUUAUCGAACAGCAGAGGAGCCCGACAUGUGGUUUUGUCCGCAACUUGUUUGGGAGAUACGAGGUGCAGACUUCACGGUGUCCCCUGUUCAUCAUGCAGCCAUCGGUUUAAUUCAUCCGACUCGGGGCAUCUCAAUACGGUUUCCGAGAUUUAUUAGCCGUGUGUUGGAUAGGAACCCAGAAGAGUGUACUACAGCAGCAGAUAUUGUUGAUUUGUUUAAUUCUCAGACAAGGAAGAUGGAUGUCACAGCUGAAGAUUGAAUGUUGGUUUUGUUUUCUGUGUAUAUAUGAUGGUUCUUGAUGUAUAGAUGAUUUCUAGGUUCAGCUUUAUAAAAUGUGUCAACGUUUAGUUUGUAGAAAGAUUCUUAACCAGUAAUCUCCUUGCUUUUUGGUAUUUUACAUAAUACUACUAUAGUUCAUAGGGGCAUAACAAAUAUCAAUUUCCAUUUUCAUUUUUCAAACUCUUGCAUCUCUUUAUUUUCCAACGGGAAAGCUGCAUACUCUAGGUCUCCAACACUCUAAUUCAGCAAUGGCAACAGUCCAAGUCAACAGCAUUUUCUUUCUUUGUAGUGUGUAUUUCUCAUGCAUGUCAAAAAUAACAAAAAAAAAUCUCAAAAAUCAAUUUGCAUAGUUUAUAUAAAUCAUAUUAUAUGGUCAUGCAUUAGCAGCCUGAACGUGUGCAUGGUAGGACGCC